CCCGCAGACACGUUGCCUGGGGAGCAGUAACACGGGCCUCGCAGUCGCAGCUCCGCAUCACGGAAAAGCACGAAGCUCAGCGACGAGCUGCCCACCGAGUCCGGGACUUACCUCUGAAACAAAGGACCGCGCACCAGUCCUUUAGAUCCUGAUUAAAAGGCCAGUAAUGAAGCGGCCGAGGAUGUCGGCAUCAGAUUCGGACUAUUCUAUUGACUGGCUGGCCAGCGAUGAUGAUGAGGACAGCGAGCUGGAGACCGAAUGCGAUCGAGAAGAGGACACACUGCCCACCACUCCUGCGGCUCACAACAGCUGUGGCCCUCAAACCUGCAAGAAAAGCAGUGACUCCUCAGUGAAGGAUAAGGAGGACAGAAGCUGCAGGAGCAGCCCCCCCUCCAGCCCAACCAGCUCUUUCAGCACUGGAGACAGAGAGCCUUCGCCAUCGGGACAGGAAGACGUGUCUGACCACAGCUGCACCUCGGGAAGCCCUAAAGGCAAAAGCAGACAGGCGCAGAAAAGAUCGCGCUGCCUUCCAGUGCCAGAGCAAAACGAAAAGCAGCUCACAGCUAGCCCUACGGAGAAAGACAAGCUGUUUGCGUGCAAGUGUAUGGAGUUGCAGUGCUAUAUUCACCCACUCUCCUCAAUCCUGAAUGGCCUCCGUUCUGGCAGAUACAGAGAACGACUCAGCACUUUCCAGGAGAGUGUAGCCAUGGACCGGAUCCAGAGAAUAAUGGGGGUUCUUCAGAAUCCUUGCAUGGGGGAGCGAUAUAUCGAUAUCAUCCUGAAAAUGGAGGAAAUGUUGAAGACCUGGUUCCCUAACGUAAAACCCAACCACCAAACCACUGCUGUGGAGCUGACCCAAGAGACCGCACUGCUGAAAAAACCCAAGUUGUCCUCACCUCCAGCCCCCAUUUCAGCCGGUCUCUUCAAUUCCGGCAGCGCUAGCGUUUCUCCUGUGGCCGCUAAGGCCAUGCGGGGCAGUGACCUUAUCCUUCCAGCACCUUACUCUGCCACCAAUCUGAAAUGGCUCCACACAUCUCCCAUCUGCUCCCCCACUGCUGAUCAGGGUCAGCGCACAGUCCGGAACCUGCUGACGGCACGCAGGGACGAGGAUGCGACGCAGGACAACUCCGUUUCCUCCACCAUAGACACGCCUGAACUCAACAUGGACUCUGUGCCAUGUCACCCGCCUCCAGGAAAGAUCAGCGCCCCGUGCCUGGAGAGACUACUGAAAUCCACAGAGAGCAUCAUCAACCACAAAGCCUCCAGGGGGACAAGCAAUAUGGGCUCUGGCACCUUGUCCUAGUCCACAGAGACCAGGCUUUGGGUAAUCAGAGCCGUAACAGCAGGCACUCAUUAUCUCAUGCCAGUGCACUCGAGCGCACCCCGGCGCAAGCCCCCUGCUCCAUUUCAGCCUUCAGGGGACACACAGCAUAGCUAUGGCCAAGCCGGGCACCUAGACUGACGCAGCCCUCACAUAUACAUGCAUCAGCGUGUCACUGGUGUAGCAGUGCGUCCUCCUCUAACUCGGGUUGGUCAGAUUGGAAUCCUCUCGGGUGUGUUGCAGUUUGUCUCGGACGUGCCCGGUGAGACAGAGGACUCGUGGACUGAUGUGUGGAGGCAGCGUAUUGGUAUCUGUGAAUAAAGGAAAACAUUACUUCAGAAAGGGAUGGGAAAAGCAGGAGUAAUGCAUUUCUAGGGAACACUUCAGAUAUUCCAACGUGUCCGUGAUCUCCAUUGUAGUUGUACAUAAAAUGUGGGAUGAAUGUGAAUUUUUGCUUUUGUUUUAUUUUUUGUUUCUUUACUUUUCAUCCGCUCCACUGGAGCCGGUUGAUGUGACUGUUACUUCAUAGGUAUAAACUUAAAGCUAAGAUUUUGGUACAACGGUUCUACCUCAUUCUGACACCAUGUCAAUGGUUGUGCAUGGAACGAAUAAGAACUAACGUUCACUGACGUAGAAUCAGAAAGAGGGAAACUGCUAAGAUCAAGGUGAGCCAAAUUUGCCUGUAGUACCGGGGUCUUGGGUAUGAGCCUUUUUCUCUGUAAGGAGAAGCUCCACAGGCCUGACGGGUGCCAAUGUAUAGAAUGUGAACUGCAUUUUUUUUUUUUGUUCUUUCAUUUAAUGAGUGUCUCCAAGUUUGAGGGCAUCCAGUGCCUGUUUAAUUUGAUGUCAAGCUGUGCCUGUACACUGGUUUUGAGGUGAAUGAGAACCACCUGGGAUACCUGCAGCCUCUGAAGGACGGACUAGGACGGAUCAGCCGGGAACCUUCAUAACUCCUGGCAUCAGAUACAUGGCUUAAAUGUUUCCAGUCUCUGUGGUCGAGUGGGACGUUUCUGUUAGCUACAGAGAUGGAUAAUAGACUGAGAGGGAGGUAUUCAAAGUUUGUGUAAAAAAUUUGAGGUUGUUGAUAUACCCUUGAAAAGUGGCCUUUACAGUGUGAUAUUUUAUACUUUCAAAAUAAAUGUGGUUAUAUUUGUUUGGCGUA